AUGCAGUCCUGGGGAACCAAGCAUGUGACAGAGCUCUUUCAGGACACGUACUAUUAUGCUUCUCACUUUAAGGCUGCCUGUGAGCUGUUUCAAUUUAUAGUCUACAUCCCAGUGCUCUCUUUGGGGAUCCCACUGAACGCGAUUGCCUUCUGGGUCUUCUGCUGCAGACUCAAGAGGUGGACAGAAACCAGGGUGUACAUGAUCAACCUCAUAGUUGCAGGCAGUUUCCUGCUCUUUGCUCUGCCUUUCUUGAUACAUUUUACCAUGUAUGAGCAUCCCAUAGACAACUUGUGCUUCACCAUACAAAGGAUCUACUUUACAAACAUGCCUAUGAGCAUCCUGAUCAUCACUCUGAUAACAAUUGAUUGAUACAUUGCAAUCAAGUUCCCUCUAAAAGCAAAGAUUCUUUGAUCCCCACUGAAAUCAGCAUCCAUCCGUGGGGCCCUUUGGAUAAUAGUAAUUAUUUAUUCCUACUUGCAUCUACAAUUUUAUGACAAAAAGGAAAAAUUCUGCUUUCGGAAACAAUCUACUCAACCCAGUUAUACAUCGCUGGUGUCCGUCAUCUUUGGCUGUUUUAUUCCCUUACUGAUUGUGACUUUUUGCUCAGUACAAGUCAUCAGAUGUCUCAAGAAGAAGAUGGUCACAAGUCCUCAGGAGACAAAAUUAAUCCAGAAAGCAAUCCGCAUUAUUUCUAUGAAUCUGUGCAUGUUCACUGUAUGUUUUGCACCCUUCUACAUUGCCCUGCUCCUGCGGUUUGCAGUGGAUGUUGCUGGAGCUUGUUCUCUGCUCUCAGAAGUUAACGCCUGUGUUCACAUCCUUACGUGCUUAGCAAACUCUAACUGCUGUUUGGAUGCAUUUUGCUAUUACUUUGCAGCUAAGGAAUUUCAGGAAUUUCCUCCUCUGUUCCCCACUCGCCUAUCGAUGAGGUGCAAGAUGAACCAAAUCCAAGAAUCCCAGUCACCCACGGAUCAAGUCAUGACAUAA